CCUGAGCCUCACACCUCAAUACAAGUUGCAAGCAUUCGUUUCGUAACGUCCGUCGGCGUGAAGACGCCGUGGCAUUUCAGCAUCAAGGAAAAAAGAUUAGCAGUCCCGCAAGUGGCACCUCCUUGGUCGCUAAAUACCCAACAUGUUCUCGAAUAUAGAGGCCGAUUCCAAACUUAAAGUCCCUUCCGAGGCGCAGGGAAAAAGUGUAGGCGAAAUUGUCAUAUCAUGGAAUACAGAGCUUGAAAGCAGGACGAACUUCUUCUUGGCGAGGACCAAAGGGUUAACUGAGUGGGACAGCUGCAUUCAAAAGAACAAGCACAUUUUAUCCGCAUUGCAGAUCGAUCUGGCAAGGGUCACCUCGUCCCAAGACAGACUAGAACGACAGCUCGAAAUUUUACAGUUGCAUCAACAAGAAGUUGACGAGGCUUUGACAAUCAUGGAGUCAGUUGCUGAGCAACUCGGCCGAACACAACAUCCUACGAGUGGGAGCUCACCGCAGCAGACAAGGACAAGACACGAGACUAUCUUCAACCUUGCUGAAUCUGUCAGCGCUAGCCUUAGCGCCCUUGGUAGUGCCCUUCGACAUGUGACACCGAGUGUCUACAUGGCACCGGCUGAAUCGGUGUGUAUACAUUCUUGCGGCAAGUCAUCGGACUCUUGUUUUGAAUUCACGCAGGACAAUAAGAAUUGUUCGAUCAUCAAGACACAAGCGCACUCGUUUUCAGAUAAAAUUUUGAAAGCGCAUUUGCAAACGGUACUAUCUGUUGAGCGUAAAGCUCUACAGAGUCAACAACUGUUUUGAUUUGCCUGCCAGGUGCAGAAUUGGUUUCUGCGCAAUCAUUGAAAGAGUUGCGGGAGAGCUGAGAUUGUGAUAAUAUAUGGGACGGUGAUCCAACUUCGAGAUCGUUCAUCGGUCUGAGUUGACAAACACCUUAGUGCCACGUGACAUUCGCUGUGGGAAGUAGUAUGUCAAUUUAUAUCCAUACAAAGAAUUUGAUGC